CUCCAGCGUGCUCUGAAGCACACAAGACUCAGGGAAAUUCACAGAGUCCUCUUCAUCUCUGAGCUGAGGCAGGGAUGCCGGCACGCUCAACUGCCUCGUUCCUUACAGCUCCUGUGGCCGCGCCUGCUGCUCUACGUGGUGCCAGCCCAGUACACGGGCAUGCUCAUCCCGGUCUCCCGCUGUGUGCGAGCCCUGGCUGAGAGAGGGGAGCUGACAGAUUGUGAGAUAGAAGAAGCGGAUCCCCAUUUCCUCAGCUCCAUCUUUCAAGGCCCACUGCUGACUCCCCAGAAACUGCUGGCGCGCCUGUUGGUGGUGGCAGGGAGCCCUUCUGCAGGCAGCGAACUCCAAGCCGCUGCCUUGCUGCUCCUGCAAAACCUCCACAGCAAGAUCCACAGAGCUGUGGGGGCCAUGUGGGCUGCUGAGAUCCCCCUGCUGCUGCAGUGCCUCGAUGGGAAAGAUGAGAGCUUCCCGGGCUCUGCAGAGUGGGAGCAGCGUCUGCUAAAGUUCCUGAGGGCGUCGCUGGAGACCGUGGAGGACGAGGCCUGGACCAAGGCUCUGAGCUGUGAGCUGAGCCGGUGGCUGGGCAGCUCUUCCAGCAGCUCUGGAGAAAAGUCUUUCCUGUACAAGGCUCUUGGGACAGCACUGGGAGCUUGUAAGGAAGUCCUCCACGUCCAAGAGAAGCUGCUGAAACACCUGGAGGAAGCAAAUGCGGAGCAGCGAUCUGAGGCCCAGGUGAGGUCUCCUCCAGCUUCUGCGCGCGUCCCCGGCCUGUCCCUGGGGCAGAGGGCUUCUCCUGGCCCUGCUCCAGGCCCUUUCGAUCGCCUGCUGCUGCCUCUGUCUGAGGCAGGAAUUGCUCAGUCACAACUUGAGCCUCUCCUUUUUCUAGUGGCGCGUGGAGGAGAAGAAGAAGGGACGAGACGGGAGCCGGUAGAAGAAUGA